CACACCGUGACUUGAUGGCUUGCGCACAGACAGGUAUUAUCAUAAUAGCUGUGGAAAACAGAGGGGGAAAAGUCGUGAUUUAGCUGGGAAGGGGCGGCAUGAAAAGAGCUUGUGAAUAUACGUGUAUGUGUAUCUACUACGAGUAGAAAACUUUGGCUUUUGAUUAAAUGGUAUGAUGUAUUCUGUACAUGUACGGGAUGAUGUUUUAUUGGAUGUUUAUGAUACUGUAGGAUCUGGUAAAACGGCCGGGUUUUUGCUCCCAAUUUUAUCAGACCUAUUUAGUAAUGGGCCGUCUCUACCACCAUUACCUCCACAAGCUAGCUUCCGUGGAGGAUAUCGCGCUUCAAAAGCAUAUCCAGAAGCAUUGAUUCUUGCACCAACGCGUGAGCUGACAUCACAAAUAUAUUCGGAGGCUCGCAAGUUCACCUAUCGAUCUUAUGUACGGCCAUGCGUGGUGUAUGGAGGCACAGAUAUCGGGCAUCAACUCAGGGAGAUUGAUCGUGGUUGUGAUGUGCUAGUGGCAACACCUGGUCGACUUGUUGAUCUUAUCGAACGCGGACGUGUCUCAUUAGCGAACAUUCGUUUUUUAGUUUUGGAUGAAGCUGAUCGGAUGCUAGACAUGGGCUUUGAACCACAGAUCAGAAGAAUAGUUCAGGGAGAAGACAUGCCUGAAGCUGGAAACCGCCAGACACUAAUGUUCUCUGCUACGUUCCCACGCGAUAUCCAAAUGCUUGCUCGAGAUUUUCUGAAUGACUAUAUAUUCCUAUCGGUCGGCCGAGUUGGCGCAACAUCUGAAAACAUUACCCAGCGCAUUGAAUACGUCGAAGACGACGAGAAGCGAUCAGUUUUGCUCGAUAUUUUGACUGCUGAUUCCACACGCGGAUUGACACUGAUCUUCGUUGAAACGAAACGUAUGGCAGAUACGUUAUCUGAUUAUUUGUUACGAAGCAACUUUCCAACUACAUCUAUCCAUGGCGAUCGUACUCAACGAGAGCGAGAAAUGGCAUUGAACGCUUUUCGAACAGGGCGAGCACCGAUCAUGGUAGCAACUGCAGUAGCGGCUCGAGGCCUUGACAUUCCAAACGUGACACAUGUCAUUUCGUUCGAUCUGCCAACAGAUAUUGACGACUACGUGCAUCGGAUUGGCCGUACGGGUCGUGUAGGCAAUGUCGGCCUGGCAACAGCUUUUUUCAACCGAGGAAACAAGAACAUUGCGCGAGAACUUGUGGAAUUGCUCAAAGAAGCCAAGCAAGAAGUUCCACAAUGGCUGGAAAGCAUGCUGCGAGAAGCAAAUAACUAUGGUCGUCAUGGCAAUCGCGGUGGUGUGCGUAGUGGUGGCGCGUCUCGAGAUUACAGGCGAUAUAAAAACAACAAUGACUAUUAUCAACAAGGUCGUAAUCGACAUGAAUAUCACGACUAUGGACCUUCAUUCUAUGCUUCUUCUAGUGCCGGCGGUGGUUAUCAAAGCAAGCACCAGAGUAAGACGAGCUGGUUCUAACGGUUAUUCUCACUAUCUCUUUCCAUUUUGGCUCAACGACAAGGAUGAGUAUAUCGCCAGAAAACGGAAACUAUUUUUAUGUAUAAUACUUUUGUUUUGUCAAUCGCUAUUCACAAGCAGAAUUUUGUUAUGCUUUAAUAAAAAAUGUAAUCAGCACGAUAAUCUGUAAAACAUUUAAAGAGACUUGUGCAUAUUCAUUGAUUACCAAAAUUC